AUGGCGGAAUCACAAAAUUCUGGUGGCUCAAAUGCUGAGCCAACAGGUCUCACCAACCCUGGUGAAACCUUCGAAAAAAUGAAAGACCUCCUAAAGGCAAAAGACGAUACUUCUAGGUUCGUAGGACUUGCUCUUCUUAAAUCCGUUCUUGACAACGAACAACAGCUCGUCAAAAAUCCAGAACGCCUACAAAUACUUUGGGAAUCCAUAUCUCCAAAGUUCUUGGAUCGACUCCUAAGAUCUCAACUUAGUGGAAAAGUUGACAAAAGCCAAGCGAAGGAUAUGGUAGAUCUCGCAGUAGCUGUAAUACACACAUUCUCUAUACUAUUACCAGAAAAUAUAAGAAGGGAAUCACAGCUCACUGGAAGGACAGGAACACUAGUCAAGGCACUUGUCCAAAGCUCCCCUGAAACUACACAGCUCAUUCUUCAAACGCUGUUGACUAUAGUCAGUCAAGUAGAUGGCUCCCUAGAAUUUUUAAAGAUCGAGGAUCUUUCCCCGUUGAUAGAAAUAGCGCCACAAUAUCCUCUUGUCCUGGAUAUCCUGAAUUAUACUUGGGCAAAUGGAUCUACAAUCAAUACCGAGGUACAAGCAGUUCAUAGAAGUAUCAACAAAGUGAUCCCAAAUCUGCUUGUGGUAUUCAAAGGAACUGACGCUGUCACAUUUUUAUCAUUCAUUGCAAGCUUUAUUCCAAAGUUGUCUUCGGAGGCACUUCCACGCAGUCCGAAAUGGCUUCAACCUAUAACUAUCUUACUUCGCGCCUUGAUCAAUAGGAGACCUACGCUUGUUGGUAGAGUAGCAUAUACUCAGGCAGCAGCGGCACUACUCCAAGCAUACCCUGCGACUUGUCCGUCGUUGUUAUUUAAAGAUGAUACUUCCAAUACCUUGGACAAAUUGCCAAGGAACAGCAAGCCGUUUUCUUAUUUAUUCGUGAAUCUUUUAUUGAUUGACUUGCGAUCCUCUUUUCCAACACUAUUGGCCAAAUUGAAUAAUAGUGAUUAUUCAAAUAUUUCACAACGAUUGGCAGCCGCAUUCGAUGUCAUCUCAAGUUUCAUAGGGUAUCUUGUCCGAAGUCUCGAUGACGAAAAUUCCAGUUCUUUCGCCAUGCCCCCGGAUUUGAUGUUGAAAUUACGCAAGGAUGUUGCCGAGACAAUGUCUUUAUCAAUCGAGUAUCUACGAGAUAGAUGGGAUGCAUCUGUUGCCGGUGCUUCUGGACUCCAUCCCUCCGCGCGAGCUGGAACAACUGCUACAUCAGAAGGAACAAGACUUACUCUAACAUGGGAUUCUAUUGAAGAUAAUGUUACUACGGACCCUCUAAUCCUCGCUAGUAUCAGAGGAUUGGCCAUAUGGAUCCGCGAGGACGAGAACGAAAAUUUGCGAAAAGAAAGUGCUGGUAUGAUGGAUAUGUUCAUCGAACUGUACAAAAUAAGUAACAAGGACGAACCUGACUUCAGAUUUCCCAUAUUACUGGCACUUGAGGGUAUCAUGACUACCGAGGAUGGCGUAGAAGCUUUCUUGAAUCAAGAUGGAUGGCAAGUCGUCUCCGAAGACCUCGCGAGUAUCCUCGGCAAAACCACCGAUACCUCAACCGUCGACAGCCAUUCUCUCAUGAUCGCAGAAUCCGCAAGAGGUCUUCAAAUUGUACGCGUUCUUCUUUCAGUCAUCGAUGAGGAAUCAACAUCAUAUAUCAAACAGGAAUGGUUAAGCGCAAUCUCAACUACAUCUACCAUGAAUCUUCCUGCCUCUACGUCGCCCUCAAUAAUCAUUGAGCUACAUAUUGCCAUGCUGCAAUUAUCCACAGCUUUAUUAUCAAAAGCAGGAGAGGGGAUGCAGAAGCGUUACGCGGAUGAACAAAAGGUUCUGGACAAACUUGCGGAGCAGUUGGAGACCAUAGUGAGUAAAAUGGACGAUAAAAAGGAGAUAGAUGAGUUUGCGGAACUAUUGGCGGAUGUGGUAUUAGAUUUGGAAAAUCUGAGAAGGAGUAGAUGA